AUGGCAAGGGACUUCAGACCAAAAGGCGCCAGGUCGUCCACGUCGACGGCUGGCCAAGCGGCUUCGGCCAAGUCAACGCCUGUCAAGAAGCCAACAAUCAGCGCACCAGCGCCAGCGCCAGCUUCUUCCAAGCCUACACCGAAGAAGACCCCCACGUCGUCCAACAGCAAGAAGACGAACGCAUAUGAUUCGGAUGACAGCGCUGACGAGGCCACCUUGAUGCGCGAGAUCGAGAGCUUCGGUGGCUCAAGAGAAGAUCUCGAGCUCAUCUCCAAAGCCAACGGAAAGAAAAAGUCGGACGUGGCCAUCGAUGAGGCCGCUUUCUCGGGAGAGGUUGCCGCCUUCCUCAAGCAACUUCAGUCGGAUCCCAACUCUUCCGAGCCUGCCAGCACUUCCACUCCAGCAAAGAAGACCAAGCAAGCCAAGGCCGAGGUAGAAGCGCCAAAGAAAACCGAAUCAAAGAAGAAGCAGAGCUCCGAGGCUGCGCUGCCCAUGGACAAGUCGACGCCCAAGGAAAAGGCAAACAAGCAAAGCGAGACAAAGACGCAGAAGCCAACAAAGCAAUCCAACCCACAGAAUCAAAUCGCUGACAGCACAACCGUACAGCGUAUGGGUAAGGGGAAGAAGAUGGUCUUUGAUGACGAGGGUGUUGGCAAGGAGACCAAACAUAAGCCUUCACUUACCGCCACUGGCCCUUUGCGAUUGCAAGCCGUGCCGCAGUGGAUGUCGCAGGCUUUGCCCAAGCUUCCCUCUAGCAAUGCCGAUAGCAACUCGCUCUCUCACGACCGCAUCACACAGCUUCUCGACCUGGGUGCCGAUCUAUUGCGCCAAGAGAGCCGCGCCUACGACGAUAUCACCAGCAGCGAGACUUCGCUCAACAGGGCCGGUGGUAGCAUCGGCACCCUCACCGCUUCCGACGCCCAAUUCGUGCGUUCGCUGCUGUCGUCCGAAGGCGGUGGAACGCUCUCGGAUCGAAUCUCAGCGCUGACUCUGUUGGUGCAAAGCAGUCCUGUACACAACGUCAAGCACAUGGACAACCUGCUCAACAUGACACGCAAGAAGAGCCGCGAGGAGGCAAGCCGUGCCACACGUGCUCUUGCGGAUUGGCUGGCCAGCGAAGGCGGCCUCGGCUCACGCAAGCUGCGCUACUUCCGAGACCAGCCUCAGCUUGCGGCCGCUUCGGCAGCCCUCGCCUCGGCAGAUCUCGUCGCGGUCGAGGCAGCCAAGUCUCACUUGUUGCUGUGGGCGUUCGAAGACCACCUGAAGAAGUUCUACUUUCACUUCCUCCAGGUCCUCGAGGUGCAGUCGCACGAUACCAUCCCCUUUACGAGAAAGCAGGCCACUACGCAAACCUUCAUCCUGCUUCGUGACAAGCCCGAGCAGGAGCAGAACUUGCUCCGUCUGCUCGUCAACAAGCUCGGUGAUCCCGAUCGAAGCGUCGCCGCCAAGACGAGCAACCACCUUCUCGAGCUUCUUACCGCCCACCCCGCCAUGAAGUUCAUCGUGGUUCGCGAGAUUGCCAACCUCAUCAUGCGUCCGACGCCCGUAGCAGCUGCCAACGACAACGACGACGACGAGGCGGCCAAGACGAGCAAUCACAGCACGCACGCGCGCUACUACGGUCUUCUCACGCUCAACCAGACCGUCUUGACCGUCAAGGAUGAAGCGACUGCCAACCACCUCAUCUUGCUCUACUUUGAGCUCUUUGAAGGCAUCCUCAAGCAGAAUGAGGUCAAGGAGGCCAAAGGGAUCGUCGAGGGUCAAGAGGCUGACGAGGCACCCAAGAAGAAGGACAAGAAGCGCUGGAAGGAUCAGCCGCGGAGGGGCAAGGGUAAAGGCAAAGGCAAGGGCAAGAGCAAGCAGGCCGCUUCUGCCAAGCCGGAGGAGCCCAAGCUAGUCAAGGAUGCCGAGUCCAAGAUGGUCGUUGCCGUGCUCGCCGGUGUUCGUCGUGCGUUCCCGUUCGCCAAGUUGGAAGCCUCCGUGUUCGAAAAGCACGUCAACACGCUGUUCAAGAUCCUCCACUCUGGUUCGUUCAACAUCAGCAUCCAGGCUCUGCAACUCAUCUUCCAGCUUACCAUCUCGAACCCGCACCAAGAGUCGUCCGCCGUGCUCACCUCUGCGGCCAUCACGGACCGCUUCUACCGGGUGCUGUACGAUUCGCUGCUCGACCCGCGGCUCGAGUCGUCGAGCAAGCAGGCCAUGUACCUCAACCUCAUCUUCCAGGCGCUCAAGGCGGAUGCGGAGCAGGAGCGCGUCAAGGCGUUCGUCAAGCGUAUCUGUCAGGUCAUGUCGUUGCACCAGCCGUCGUUUGUUUGUGGGUGUUUGCAUUUGCUGGGCGAGUUGUUCCGACGUACACCUGGGUUGCGUGCGAUGCUUACCGAGGCGGAGGAGGAUGACGAGGAGGAGCAUUUCCGAGAUGUGGCUUCGAGCGAUGACGAGGAGGCGGAUGGGAAGCUCGCCGGGAAGGCAGCCUCUGGAAGGGAUGCAUCGACAAAGUACGAUGGCAGGAAACGAGAGCCACGAUUCGCGCACGCCGGCUCCACCUGUCUAUGGGAUCUUCUCCCGCUCAUCUCGCACUUCCACCCAUCGGUCUCGGUCCACGCUCUGCAACUCCUGCAAGGCGGCAAGAUCUCCACGAAUGCCGACUUGAGCCUGAACACGCUCUCGCACUUUUUGGAUCGGUUCGUGUACCGAAACCCGAAGCAGAAAUCCUCGCUCCGUGGAGCCAGCGCCAUGCAGCCCCAAGCGCAAGUUGCAGGAAGUGGGGUUACGCGAUCACGCACGCACGCUCUGAACGAAGACGAGUUCUUCAACACGGAAGCGUUCUGGAAGAAGAGGGCGGAGACGAUCCCUGCGGAUCAAAUGUUCUUCCACAAGUUUUUCAACUUGAAGUCGAUGCAGCCUUCGAGCAGUCGUGUCCACACCGCUGACGAAGAGGAUGCACUGGCAGGAUCGGGUGAUGAGGAGGUGAUCGCACCGAAAGAGGACGAUGAGGAGAGCGCGGAAUCGAGCUUGGACAGCGACGACGAUGCGGACGAGAAGGAGAUCUGGAAGGUGAUGAAGGCCACCAUGCCCGGUAAGGAGGAGUUGGAGGGGCUCGACGACAGCGAUGAAGGCGAGGAUGAUGAGUUUGACUAUGUCGACAGCGAUGAUGAUGCGCAAGGGGAAGGAGAAGGAGAGAGCGACGAUGAUGGACCUAACGUCAUCCCUGGAAUGACCUUCUCCGACGAUUCCGACUCAGCGGAAGAAGCAGUUGCUGGCGAAGCAGACUGGAAAGACGACGAUUCGGACACCGGCAAUGUUUUCGACGAAGACGACGACGACCUCUUGCCGUUUACCGACUUCAACUCGAAGAAGCGCAGUGCCGCGUCGUCCGACUCGGAAGAAGACGACGACGAUGCUGCUGACACAAAGAGGAGCCGUAAAGCGAAGGACAAGAAGAAGCGGAAAAAGUCGAUGGCGAACCUGCCUACGUUUGCGAGUGCCGAGGACUACGCGCACUUGCUCGGAGGGGAUGAUGAUGACGAGGAAGAGGACAUGUAG